GAUGACUACAAACUCUCCACCGGCAUCAAACAUGGCUCAAGAAACUAACGACGUGCACUUCGCAGACGAUGGAACUGUUAACGAGCGAUCGUUCAUGGUUCAUUGGCCUCGGAAACACAAGAAAUGGGUCCAAAUGCUGGUCUAUACGAUCUUCGUGCUUUUUGGCCAAUCGGUUGCAACGAUCAUGGGUAGACUUUACUUUAACAAAGGUGGAAAUAGCAUCUGGCUACUAACGCUCGUUCAAACCGUUGGCUUUCCCGCUCUCGUACCCUUCCUAUUAAUAUCACCGGUUCAAACUUCGAACGAUGCCAAUGCUGAAAAACCAAAAUCUCUAGUCCUCGCAUUACUUUACGUCUUCCUUGGUGUAUUUCUAGCGGCACUUUGUGUUUUAUAUUCUAUAGGACUUUUAUACCUUCCGGUUUCCACGUACUCGCUCAUUUGUGCCAGCCAAUUGGGCUUCAAUGCGAUAUUUGCUUAUUUUCUCAACCAGCAAAAGUUCACUCCUUAUAUUAUGAACUCCAUUUUCAUCCUCACUUUAUCGACUGUGCUACUGGUCUUCCAAAACAACUCAGGAGAGUCCAUGAACACCUCGAAAGGAAAGUAUGCUUUCGGGUUCAUAUGCACCAUUUGCGCGUCGGCUGGUUAUGCAUUACUACUUUCUUUAACACAGCUCUCUUACCGGAUUGUUGUGAAAGAUGAAAGUUUUAGAGCGGUAGUGGCGAUGAUCAUCUAUCAAUCCAUGGUUUCAUCUCUUGUGAUCACAAUUGGGCUUUUCGCUAGUGGUGAUUGGAAGAGGUUGAGGGCGGAGAUGAUGAAAUUUGAACUCGGGAAUGUGGCAUAUGUGAUGAUACUGGUGAGCAAGGCAGUUUGUUGGCAGAUUUUUUCUAUUGGGACACUGGGGUUGAUCUUUAAGGUUUCUUGUCUGUUCUCCAAUGUUGUUAGUACAGUCGGGCUACCUAUUGUUCCAAUUCUAGCAGUUGUUUUCUUCCAUGAGGAGAUAAAUGGGGUGAAGAUGGUUUCUAUGGUAAUGGCGAUAUGGGGGUUCCUAUCGUAUAUGUAUCAACAUUAACACGAUAACACAAAGGCCGAAUCCCAAAAUAAAGAUGGA